AUGACUCACCGAUAUGUCACGCCGGUUGCAAUAGUAAGUACUGCUUCCGGUUACUACGUAUCCUGCCGGACCGGUGACCUCGUUCACCUCCCCGUACCACUGCCGACGUUCUUCAGCUCUCAAAUAGCUAGAUCUGUGGAGAUUGCAUUAAUCUCGGGACUUUACUGUCUCUACAAUUGCAACCUUCAAGUCGGAACCGGAAGGCAGCGACACAUAGAUAUGUCCAACCAUACUUUCAAAGCAGUCAUAUUUGAUAUUGGUGGUGUGGUGCUCCGUAGCCCUUUCAUCGCGAUAGCAGAAUACGAACGACUUCAUGGAAUACCUGAGAAUUACCUCAACUGUUCGAUCGUGGCGAGAGGUCCACGGGGUGCUUGGCAGAAAUUUGAACGGGGUGAAAUUGACCUUUUCCCAUUCUAUGAAGCUUUUGGUCGCGAUCUCUCAGAUACAGCAAAUGGAAACCUCUGGUACAAGGCGUAUUGCGAACGAAAGGGAAUCAAAUGCCCGCGGUUACCCGAACAUCUGAAUGUCAAUGGCCGUGAUCUUUUUGGCGCAAUGAUGCGCGUCUCAAGAGCUUACGAUCCGCAUAUGGUAGAGGCAAUUCAUCGUAUACGAGCCGCCAAAAAGUACAGGGUCAUUGCUCUAACCAAUAACUACGCACGAUCUACUGUUCCGCCCUCUGAACAGGCGUUUUUAGGGUGGGAGGACGGCGCGACACCUCAAGAUCUCCGCGAACUAUUCGAUGACUUUUGUGAUAGUAGCACGUUGGGCACUCGGAAACCUGAACGAAAGUUCUACAUGAUCGCCUGCGAGCGUAACAACAUUCAACCGCAUGAAGCAAUCUUCUUGGAUGAUAUCGGAAUAUACCCAUGGCUAUCAAUGAACUUGAAAGCCGCGAAGGAGCUAGGUAUGGAUACCAUUCACGUGCCUAUCGGAGGUACACUUCGAGCAGUCCAACAGCUUGGAAUAAAGCUGGGGAUGGACCUGACCGGGAAGGAAUAUGGAGCCAAACUUUGACUUGCGAUAGGAUCGAAUGGAAGAAUGAGAAGGGGCCUGAGUAUGUUACGGGAGACUGUUCCGUGGAUGAAGGGGUGCUUCCUGUA